UGCCCGGGGCGGGGCGGGGCGGCGCGGGGCAGUCGCGGGCGGGCGGCGGCGGCGGCAGGAGCGGGGCCUGCGGCGCCAUGGCGGCCUACCGGCUGGUGCUCGUGCGGCACGGCGAGAGCGCCUGGAACCUGGAGAACCGCUUCAGCGGCUGGUACGACGCCGACCUCAGCCCCGCCGGGCAGCAGGAGGCGAGGCGCGGCGGGGAGGCGCUGCGAGACGCCGGCUAUGAGUUCGACAUCUGCUUCACGUCGGUGCAGAAGCGGGCCAUCCGCACGCUGUGGACCGUGCUGGACGCCAUCGACCAGAUGUGGCUGCCGGUGGUGCGGACGUGGCGCCUCAACGAGCGGCACUACGGGGCGCUCACCGGCCUCAACAAGGCCGAGACGGCCGCCAAGCACGGCGAGGCGCAGGUGAAGAUCUGGCGGCGCUCCUACGACAUCCCCCCGCCGCCCAUGCAGUCGGACCACCCCUUCUACAGCACCAUCAGCAAGGACCGGCGCUACGCUGACCUGACGGAGGACCAGCUGCCCACGUGCGAGAGCCUGAAGGACACCAUCGCCCGGGCUCUGCCCUUCUGGAACGAGGAAAUCGUGCCGCAGAUCAAAGAGGGCAAGCGAGUCCUCAUCGCAGCGCACGGCAACAGCCUGCGGGGGAUUGUCAAACACCUGGAAGGCAUGUCGGAGGAGGCCAUCAUGGAGCUGAACCUGCCCACCGGCAUCCCGAUCGUCUACGAACUGGACAAGAACCUGAAGCCCAUCAAGCCCAUGCAGUUCCUGGGGGAUGAGGAGACGGUGCGCAAGGCCAUGGAGGCUGUGGCCGCUCAGGGCAAGGUCAAGAAGUGAGGCCAGGCGCGCGGGCUAGCGAGUUAGUAGAGUUGUCCCCCCUCUGUCCCCACCCCUCUGUGCACACCCCACAGCCGUAGGAACUUGGAGCUGCAGAGCUGGAGCAGGGAGCAGCUCCCCGGGACUUGGCCCCUUCCCUUUGGACCAGGCUCCCCUCUGCAGGCAGCCUGGGAGCCCGGGGGCGAGGGGCUACGUGCACGGGGGUCUGGUGUGAAAGGGAGCCCUCACUCUGCCAGGCAGCACCCGCACCCCUGUGUUCUGUGCCCAGCCCUUGGGGGACGCUCUGCGCAAUUCCUUGCCGUGCCUGGCUUCUCUGCUUUGCUUCCCCAGCAGUUCUUGUCACUGUUACUGUAGUUCUGUUGCUUGAUUUAGUUAUUCCAGGGGCCCGACAGGAGCAGUGGGGGGGUGCAGCACGGGCAGU